UCUCUCUCUCUCUCCUCUGCAAACGAAAGAGCAGAGAAAAAUGAGCAGCCUUUACUCCCUCUUUCUCUAAGAACUCUCUCUCUCUCUCUCUCUCUCUAGCUCUGGGUUUUCUGCGCUCUUUAUUCGAAGGCUUAUCCCGUGAUUUUCAUGAUAUUCUGAGGAACUUCGUCACUUAAGCGAAUGCCAUUAAGAGUUAAAGUUUUAUGAUUAGAAGUUCCGCUGUGGUCUAUUUUUAAGCAUGGGGGCUGCUUGUUGUGUUGCCGUUAGGGAGAAGACGGUAACGAAUGCAUCAAAUACUGAUAUUUUGCACCGGAAUAUUCGGUAUUCACCAACUUGGAGCUUUCGAUGGGAUCAUCGAGGGCGGGUAGCUGGUGAAGAGACUUCCAUGAGCUGGUUUUCUGAAGGAGUCAGUAGGAAUGAUGAAUCUGAAACUAAAUGUGAAUCAGCAAAUGUCUCAGAGGAAGGAAGUCCUUUAGAACAUUUUCGCAGACAAACAUCACAAAAGUCCCUGCUAUAUGAGGGAGCUGCAGGUCAUGUGAGAACUCCUGCACCAGAUCAAUCUAUUAGAAGGAAUGCUUCAAUGGAUGCAAGUCUGGAACAGCCAAAGGAGUUAACAGAAUCUCCGUCUGUCUCAUAUCCAUUUCCUGCAAAGUUAUCGAGGUCUUUGCCGUCUACUUCAUCCCUGACUAACUCUCCUUUGUCAUCCCAAGGUCAAGUGCCUCCAGCCAGCUCAACCCAGCAUUCUCCUGGACAUCAUCUGUCAACGCAAGUAUCUGAUACCCAAGUUCCAGAAUUCAAGUCACCAAAUAGCUACUUAGUUUCGGAAGAAAAGGCAAUACGUCCCUCAUGGAGCAAUGAAUCAGCUAGGGGCUCCCGAGGAGGAUCUUCAGAUGGUUGGUCUAUGCAUGCAUUUUCUGAGCUUAUGGCUAAUUCUAAUAGAGAAAGGUGGUUUUUUGACAGUGAGUCUUGUGGCUUUAAGCAUGAGAAGAUGACCAAAGCUACUAGCCGAAAGUCAGCUUCCCCUUGUGUUGAUUUGCAAACAUGUGGGGUUUGCUCAAGGCCUUUGGUCGAGAGAUCUUUAUGGAGCAGCCAAAAGAUUAUUGCUUGUAAUGAGCUUUCUGUUGUUGCUGUGCUAGUCUGUGGGCACGUUUAUCACGCCGAGUGUUUGGAGAACAUGACACCCGAAAUUAACAAAUACGACCCUGCUUGUCCGGUUUGUACUUUUGGGGAGAAACAGACCCAUAAGAUGUCUGAAAAGGCACUAAAAGCUGAACUGGAUCUGAAGGCGAGAAACAGGAGAUCGAAGAACCGGGUUGUAGACCUUGAUGGUGAUUCUGAUGUGUUUGAUCACUUGAAGGGUAGUGGAGGAAAUCAAGGAAAUGGUCCCAAGAUGGCCUCCAGUUCCAGCAUGAAAAGCCCGAGGCCUUUCUUGAAGAGGCACUUCUCAUUUGGCUCAAAGAGUGUUCGGGCCUCGUCAGAUAAUCAUGCUACCAGAAAGAAGGGUUUCUUCUGGGCAAAAUCCAGUAAGAUGUGAGCUUUCUCAAAGCUUUUUGGGAGGUUAGCAGAUCUCUUUGCCUCAUGUUUGUUGCUUACAUCAGUAGAUUCCUUGGAGAUUCUUUCAUGUUGCUUGGGAUAAUUAAUAAAAUACACAACAAAUUUCAUUAUCUGGUACCAUAAUUCGUCCCCCUUGGCUACUGAGCUCGUGGCUAAAGUUAUCAAGUUUCCAAUUAGACUCUGUUGAUAUUCUAUGAAGAUUUCUGGUAUCGAUCUUGUUCUGCAAUCUCAGUUGGACAAAGGGACUCGAAGGAUUCAGGAAACCACUCAUUCAUCUGGGCAUUGUAUGAAAAGUUUACAUCAACUUGCAAAUUCUCAGAAUUCAACAAGAUUAGCUCUGUGGGAUUACACUGUAAAGAAGUAAGAAAGAAAUAGAGGAUUCUAUAGGAGAAACAGUUCUUUAUAUAGUGGAGAAAAGGAAAAGCAAAGUAGAUUGGAACUGCCUCAUGAGAUUUGUCAUCUCAUUCAUGUUUGUAAAUAUCAAUUUGUUUUCAGCUGCUGAUGCAUACAUGAUUUUAUUUAAGUGAAACGCUAUAUGUCUGGACAUAUCCCGAAUUUGACCAAAAGGCUAUGUAGGGUGUGCCUUUUCCUUCAAUGGGAUUUACUAUUGAUUUAGCAAAUGAAUUGAGAUAUUAUUGUGAACUGCUUCUAGUGUUUAAACUCAAAAAGCUAUCUAACCCCUGCCGUUAUAGCUUC